AAGAAGUACUUUUUCUAUUGUUUCUUUUUCUUUUUUUUUUUUUGCAACUGGAUCCAGGACACCAGUACAGAACGAUGGGGGGUCAACCUGAGUCUUGCUGACCCUUCACCCCGCCACCACCCAGCCAUCCAUCACCAUGCAAGGGUUCUACUCCAAGCUGGACUCCUCCCCACUGCUGGGGGUCGGCCUCGGGGGAGAGGGCACCCCCGUGCCUCUCAACCUGGCUGUGGAGACAGAAAAGGCUCAGGCCCUUCUGCAGACCUUCAGCUCCGCCUCUUUGCUGGCGUCGGCUGGCCUGGGCGUGUUCUGUGUGGUGGCGGACCACGCCCUCCAGCUGCCGCUCAUCCAGCAUCACCUGUGGCUGCGUGCCAUCCUGGACAAUGCCACCCAUGCGCUGGUGGGGCUGUGGUCCUGGGCUGUGGUCAUCGGGUUAAGGAAGAAGAGUGAUGUGUAUGAAGUUCUGCUGGCCGGUCUUCUGGCGUCAAUCAUUGACGUGGAUCACUUCUACAUGGCUGGGUCGCUGUCACUGAAGGCCGCCGUCUCGCUCCCUCAGCGUCCUCCUCUCCACUGCUCCUCCCUCAUCCCCGUCCUGUGCCUCUCCCUCCGCUUCCUCAUGUGGCUGGGACGCCUGAAAGACGCCUGGUGCUCCUUGCCUUGGAUGCUCUUCAUUGCCAUGACCACGCACCACGUACGGGAUGCCGUGCGCCAUGGCUUGUGGGUGUGUCCUUUAGGCAACACGGCUCCGCUUCCCUAUUGGCUCUACGUCAGCACCACAGCGACGCUUCCUCACCUGUGCUCAGUGCUCAUGUACCUGACGGGUACCAGAGACGUCAUCUCCACCAAACACGGAGUCGCUAUUGAUGUGUAGAGCCCACGCCGAAAGAAUGGUGACAUAUUCUAUUUUACCCGUGCCAAUCACCGGUGUUGUUCCUUCACAACCUUUGGAACGGAAUCCUGUUUUACUCAAGAGAACAUUACUAUACAUUACUUUUAGCUAUACUUUUUAGCUUCUCUCUGCUUUUACAAGCACCAUUUUAUUCAUACGGCUUUAGAGGAGCGUGUGUUGGAAUAUUUAACAGGAAUAAUGCACUAAGGCAACCAAGAAACUGGAAAUGGUUAAUUUAUUUUUGAGUAUUUUUUCACAAAAGUCUGCUAUUUAUUGUGUAUGAGUGCUAUUGAGCUACGACACUUCUUCAAAUUGAGCGAUGGAUUUUGAUAUGUGAUAACGCUGUGAGUACUGUGACAAUGGUUAGCGUAAAAAAGAGAUUUAGUGUUUGAAUGUAAUGGCUUUUGUUGGAAUUGAAGUUAUAUGUUUUCUUUAAUGGUUAAAAACAUCCACUGUUAUUAGAUGCCUAAAAUAAAGCUUGAAUGCUUUGUGCCACACGUGAGAACAGCCAUACCAAUAUUUGUCCACCAGAUGGCGACAAGGAACCAAAGGGAAGCUCGUCAUUUUCCCAUAAAAUGCUUUGCAAAAUAUCGCAUUAUUUCAAAAAUUUAUUCAUGAGUGAUCGUGGUUGACUACGGUCUAAUUUUUACUUUCAUUUUAUACAUUUUCAAGUGUAAAAAUGGGCUAAAAUGCAAAUGGCUUUGAAUAAUCUCAAUAAUAGUUGCAGCUGUAAUUAAGCUAAACCUGAAUGCCGACCCACAACGUCAGUUCCUGUUCCUACGUCCGAAGACAUUUAUUGCAACACACGCGAGCCUUAUUCACAUCUAAAAUUGCUUAUUUUCUCUUGAUCAUAGGCUCUAAUAAUGUCUAAUAAUAAUAAUGUUCGUAUGUGGAAGGGAAUGAACAGGUUUUCUAUGUCCCUGACUAUUAAAAUAUUUUAUAUUUAAAAUAUCAUGACUUAACGUCUAAUGGCCGAAUUUUUUUCUCUGCAAAUAUGAC